GCCGCGGCUGGGCACGCCUACCUGCGUCGGAGCCGGAGGAACCCGAGCAGGGCUCCGCGUGGGCGGCACUACCCCGGGGUCGCCUCGGGACUGCCGAGGCUCUUCGCGGCGGGGGAGUUGAUGCCUCGGACUCCGGGGCUCCACGUUCCUUUAGGAAGCCUGAGGCUAAGCCCCAGAGUACCCCGAUCCCGACCGGACUCCCCCGGAGACGGUGGAAGGGCCGAAGUGUGGCGUCUAGAUGGUAGUAGGUGGACUUGGCCAGCGACCUGGAAUGGCCAAAUAUCAGGGUGAAGUUCAAAGUUUGAAACUGGAUGAUGAUUCAGUCAUAGAAGGAAUAAGUGACCAAGUACUUGUGGCAGUUGUGGUCAGUUUCGCUUUGAUUGCUACCCUGGUAUAUGCACUUUUCAGAAAUGCACAUCAAAACAUUCACCCAGAAAACCAAGAACUAGUAAGGGUGCUUCGGGAACAACUUCAAACAGAACAGGAUGCACCUGCCGCUGCUCGGCAGCAGUUCUACGCUGACAUGUACUGCCCAAUUUGUUUGUCCAGUUUUACUUUCCCUGUGGAAACAAACUGUGGACAUCUCUUUUGUGGUACCUGCAUUAUUGCAUACUGGCGAUAUGGUUCAUGGCUUGGGGCAAUCAGUUGUCCAAUCUGUAGACAAACGGUAACUUUACUGCUACCAGUAUUCGGUGAAAAUGACCAGUCUCAGGAUGCUGUACGAUUACAUCAAGAUAUUAAUGAUUAUAACCGGAGAUUCUCAGGGCAGCCCAGAUCUAUUAUGGAAAGAAUCAUGGAUCUACCCACUUUACUGAGACAUGCAUUCAGGGAAAUGUUUUCAGUCGGGGGCCUUUUCUGGAUGUUCCGUAUCAGGAUAAUACUUUGUUUAAUGGGAGCUUUUUUCUAUCUUAUAUCACCUCUAGACUUUGUACCUGAAGCCUUGUUUGGAAUUCUAGGCUUUUUAGAUGAUUUCUUUGUCAUCUUUUUGUUGCUUAUCUACAUCUCUAUCAUGUAUCGAGAAGUGGUAACACAGAGACUAAACAGGUGAAAAAAAGAAUUUACUAAAAUAUUUCAGCUAAUGUGUAAAAUCAAACAAAAGAACCCAUGGCAGUAGAAAGUAUUUGAAUAAUAUGUUACAAACUUAAAACCACUGUAUGACAAAUAGUUGAUCAUCAUUUGGUAAAUACCUAGCAAUAUAUAUGACUGGAAUUUUUAAAUGUUGCAGGUUCUAAUAUUAAGGUUAGAAUUAUAAUAAUUUACAACUGUAUCUUGAUUGUGCUGUCCAUAAAGUCUCUGGAAAAAAUAUGGAAUUAUACAAAAAGGGAUAUAUUCAUCUUUUUCUUUUCCCUUAAAUUACUCAGAUUAAUUGGAUGUAUAGUAUGAUAUUGUUAAAUGUACACGUUUUCCAAUUUAUCCUUCUCAGUGGGUACCUAUAUAAUAAUAUAUUUCUAUUAGACUCAUCUAAAUAUUUUUUACAAUAAAACAUUGCGCAAUAUUGGGGAAAAUGAGUUUCUUUUAGUAUUAGCUAAGUUUUAUGCAUUUGGAACAGUUCUGCUUUUCCAUUCUGAUAUAGUUCUUUGUUAUCAGCUGAAAGUGAAAGAAAAAAGUUGACUUUAUAAUUUGAUUUCACAUUCCGGUUACAGACUACUUCUUAAUCAGUGGAAGAGUUAACAAGAUGUUAGACAUUUACCUCCAGUCAGCACACUUGUGAUCUCAGUUAUGACAUUUAAACAAGAAUUUGGUCCUUUUAUAAGAAUAGUAUAUCAAAGUAACUUGUAAAGGAAAUUUUUUUCUGGAACCUGGGUGAUACUGCAAAUACAUAGUAGCUUGAUGCAUUUCUGAGAAGAGUGAUUCUUCAUGGCUGGAGCAUCAAAGACCUUAGGAGGGUACUAGGAACACUUUAAAUUUGACAAGAGAAAUUACUGGUGAGCUAGAGCAAAAAAUGGACAGAUUUGGUUAGUUUUCUCUUGUCAGAAAACUUUUGUCAUACUGUCCCUAGAUGGCAGCAUGUAGUCCAGAUUCAUCAGAUCUUAUACUGAAUAAGCAAAUGUUGUCUGAGGUGAUUCAAUAGGAAAGUUAGCUUGGUUUUUUAAUGGCUACAGCAUAAGUAUCUAAUGCUCUCUUCCGCAGUUUUGUUUGAGAAGAAUCAAAACUACAAGUAUUACGAAAUCCUAACUCCCUCAGCUGGCAUUUCUCAUUAGCAAACUAGACAGCAAGAUGGUCAUUUAUGCCCAGGGUAUUAGCUCUGUCACCUGCAAUCACUGAUAUCAUACUGUCCAUUCAUGUAUUAGUGAGCCUCACUAUGUAUAGAUAGGGUGAAAAAGAACAAAUCUGUCACAGUCUCCCAAGUUAAUCAGAUUAGCCAUCAACUAAUGAGAUGCUAAGUAAAAUAUCAGUAAUAGUGUUUUUUAAUUUGGGCUGAGGACAAAACUGUUGCUUGUCUUAGAGAAAAACAAUAAUGCUUAAAUAUAGCACAUUAUAAUUAAAGAAAUUUCUUGCAUACUUUUCAUUUUAUCCUAAGAGAGUUAUGUAAAGAAGGCAGGGCAUUGUCUUCCUUUUUAUAAACAAAGAAAUCCCAGUGUUACAGAUGAAAGUUUUUUUGUCUGAACCCAUGCACAAAUAAGUGACUGAACUGGUAUUAGACUCUCAGUAGGACUCCUGCAUGGGUUCAGAUAGAUGUGAAGGUUACUACAAAGAGGGGAGGCAUGAGAGAAACUGAGGUCUUUUGAAACAAAUUAUAGAAUAGCUUGGGUGCUCCUAAGAGGAAAGGUCUAGAAAGAUGACAUAUCAAGACUUCACGAACCCUAAUUCUCCACUUUUAAAUCAAAGUUCUAUAGGGUGGCAUACUUCACAAACAUUUCAGCUGCAGUUACCAACUUAAAAAACUUAUGAGUAGGAGUUUGUUACACUAGACUAGAAAUGCAUUUCCUACCAAUUACAGAUUUGGUGUGGGGCCAUAUAGCAAUGUUAUUUUUGAAAGAAUUUCAUUUUCUGUGCAUGUGUUCUGCUUCAAGUGUCACAUUUCCAGUUACAAUAAUUUUAUUGUAAUAUUUGGAAUUCCUUCUAAGACUUUCCUGGUAGAGGUGUAUUGUACCAACUUUUGUAACAUAUAAAAACACUAUGAUCUGAAGUCUUAUUAAACUUAAAAGGGAACGUACUGACAUCUCAAAAUUUUAGACCUGCUUGUCUUUAUUGAUCACUGAUAAUGUAGAAGGGAUCUGAAAAUAUGUAAAUAAGUAGGUAAGCAAGUAGUCAAUCAGUAUUUUAAACACAGUAAUACUUCUGUGAUUCAGAGUGAGAUCAUAUAAAUCAAAGCAAGAAUUUGGAGUUCUGUAAACAACAAUACUGUAAAAACAGAUGGUCCAACCCCAGGAGCAGAUGGUAACUUGGGCAGGCUUACGGGGAACAAGGAGGAGGAAACAAACAAUUGCUCUAACUGCCCACUAGAACAGUGGUUGCAGCUACUCUAAUUCUCAGCCUUUGAAAUCAACAAGGGAAAAAAGGACUGUGCUGGUCCCUGUAGCUGUGCAGAUACCUACCUCACGGAGUUGUAGAGGAUUGAUGGUUUUGUUCAAACUUCAUGAUUUAGAGUUUGUCACGCAGUAUUGUUUUAAAUAAAAGCAAUAUAUCUAAAAUUAAAAA